AUGGCCAGCGUCGCAUCCUUCUACGAGCUCGAGGCGGAGAAGCCGUCGGGCGACAAGAUCAGGUUCGACGACUUCAAGGGCAAGGUUGUCCUCGUUGUCAACACAGCAACGAAGUGCGGGUUCACUCCGCAAUUCACUGGCCUUGAAGAGCUCAAUAAGAAGUACAAGGGCCAAGGCCUCGUCGUCCUCGGGUUCCCCUCCGACCAGUUCGGCCACCAGAACCCCGAAGACGACGAGACCACCGGCUCAGUCUGCCAGCGCAACCACGGCGUCACUUUCCCGCUCCUCAAGAAGGGCGACGUGAACGGCUCGAAUGCACACCCGGUCUUCCAGUACCUCAAGCCGAAGGCCAAAGGUAUCCUCGGCGAGCGGAUUGCAUGGAACUUCACCAAGUUCCUCGUCGACAAGCGCGGCAACGUCAUCCACCGCUACGCACCGAUCACCAAGCCCGACGCCAUUGCUGCCGACAUCGAGAAGGCGCUUGCAGAGUCGGUCUAA